CCACCCAAACAAACCUUGCUGGACCUAACCUCAUUGGCUGCAGCAAGGUGGAGAAUGUCCCAAUAAGCAGAUCAUUGAACUGCUUUCCAAAUUGCUGUCCCUUCUUUAGGCAUGUUUUCAUUCUGUAAUACUAUUUCAAUUCUGUGUGCAGCUUUUGAUUAUUAUUUCUAUAAAUAUCAUUUUAAAAAGUAGUAAAAUGUCUAGUGAAACUUCCUCUCGCUGGACUGAUCUGCGAAAGUUGUUGGAACGUCCAGGCCCAUUCACUCCUCAAAGUUUUGAAGCCUCCCCUGAAGCUUUGGACUUUUUACUUCACAAUUUGAAAAUUCUUGUUGUGGGUGCAGGAGGACUGGGUUGUGAUCUCCUUAAAAAUCUAGCAUUUUUGGGCUUUGGAGACAUCCACGUCAUUGACAUGGACACUAUCGACUUGUCAAAUCUAAACCGACAGUUCUUGUUCCGCAAGAAAGAUAUUGGUCGACCCAAGGCAGAGGUGGCUGCUGAAUUCAUCAACAGCAGGGUUGACAGCUGUAAAAUUACUCCACACUAUUGUAAAAUCCAAGACUUUGAUGAGUCCUGGUACCAGCAGUUCCACAUUAUUGUGUGUGGCCUGGACUCGGUGGUGGCGCGGCGCUGGAUUAACAGCGUGCUGGUGUCUCUCCUGCAGUACACAGAUGGCGAGCUUGACCAGAGCAGCAUUAUCCCUCUCAUUGAUGGAGGCACAGAAGGCUUCAAAGGCAGCGCCCGCGUCGUGCUGCCUGGCAUGACGGCUUGCAUCGAGUGCACGCUUGAUCUCUUCCCGCCUCAAAUAACGUUCCCUAUGUGCACAAUAGCGCACACGCCGCGCCUGCCAGAGCACUGCAUAGAGUAUGUGAAGGUGCUGCUGUGGCCUAAGGACAACCCCUUCGGGGGGGACGAGUGCGCUAUAGAUGGCGAUGACCCCCAGCACAUCUCAUGGAUAUACGAGCAGUCUUUGAAGCGCGCUGCUGAGUUCAAUAUCACUGGGGUGACGUACCGCCUGACGCAGGGCGUCAUCAAGCACAUUAUCCCGGCGGUGGCGUCCACGAACGCCGUGAUCGCCGCGGCGUGCGCCACAGAGUGCCUCAAGGUCGCCACGCAGGUCGCGCACCACAUGAACAACUACUGCGUCUUCAACGACGCUGACGGCAUCUACACCUAUACUUACGAACACGAGAAAAAGAGCACUUGCUUGGUAUGCAGCCAGGUGCCACAAGAGCUGUCCAUGGCUCCUACAGACUCCUUACAAAAUCUGAUUGACAAAUUGAAAGAUUCUCCGCAGUAUCAAAUGAGCAACCCUGGCAUUCAAGCGAUGAUAGAAGGCAAGACUAAGUCCCUGUAUCUGCACUCGCCUGCAUCUAUAGAACAAAAACUUAGACCACAUCUUAAAAUGUCUUUAGCUGACUUGGGCCUGAGUGACGGAGUGCAGCUCGUGGUCGCCGACGUCACGUCGCCAAAUUCGAUCAUUUUUAAGCUGCGACUCAGUCUCCCUAUGGACGUGUCAUCACCGCCAUCUUAAUAUAUAUUCAAUGUAUUAUUAUUCAUCUACUUAGAAUGUCCGCGUGUUUCCCAUGACUAAUUAAUCUUCUCUUCAAUAUUGUUCAACUCAUUAGCUUCCAGUUCUGCAACUUCCGGAGUUGAUACAAACCGAGAGAAACCAUUGAUCUCAAAGCUUAUUGCAGUUAAAAGUAAUAAAUUCGUCGCGAUCAGAACUUCUUACUUGCCGCAAACUCCAAGUUUCCAAGGUUCAGAAUUUCAGACUUAGAAGCCCAGGUUCGGCUUUUUGACGAUUAGUAGAAAUUCUUGUAAUUGAUUAAUUUUGGCCAAAAAAAUGAGUUUCGCAGUCAAUAAGUGUUUGUCGAUAUUGUAUUCAAUAAUUUUGAAUUGAGAAUAAACUGUGAUAAUUUAGUCUU